UUUUUUUUUUUUUCCUUCUUCUACUAAGGUGCUCGUCAUCAGCGUCAUAGUCUCAUCGAGAUCCAUGCCAAUCCAGUAAUGUUAGCCAUCACCAGCAAUGUCAAUAAGAGAAAGAAAACCUAAUUACAGACUAUGAUAUUUGUUUUAUGUAUUUCCGUGUCGAAGCGUAAUUUAGCUUCUCUUCUCUUCAUAUCGUGUAACCGAACCGCUGUCAUAUUUGAACACGACUUUUUGGUCAGACAAACACUUGCGGCACGUACAUCCGUAACAGCGACAUCAACUUUGCAGUUAUCAUCGUCUCCCUACAGCAUCUUCAUACUUUAUUCUACCUUGACCACGGAUAAACAUAAAAAAAGAAAAAAAAAAAAAAAAAAAAAAAAAAGAAAAAAAUAGAGCCAAAGGAAGAAGAUAUGAAAAAGUCAUCGUGACGACAGCGUUUCUUAUAAGCAACAACAGCACUCCAUCCUCUCUCUUAAC